UAACUUGAGUUCUUUAGUUUAGUUUUGCGACGCAAUACAUUCCAUACAGGCGCAUCCCACAUUCCGUCAUUUAUAUUUCUGUAGGAUAUUAGUACUUUUUAUUAUGGCGACUGAUGAAAAAGACAAACUACUGGCAGAAUAUAACGCAGAGAAAAUUGCCAUAGAAAAUGAAAACAUUACGCAAGAGAUUCUGCUACAGAGGCAAAAGUUAACUGACGCGCUGAAAAAGAAUAAUGAAAGACUUAAAAAGGAAUUAAAGGAAGUCAGAAAUCAAGUACGCAUGGAAGAAACAGAUUCGCUGAGUUCACAGACGAAAUUGAAAUUCAUUUCUUCUUUACAAGAUCAAGAUUUUAAAGGGUCUCAGUUUCCAUCGAUGUCUUGGAAUUCAAUAGAAACGAUAAGAUCACAUUCAGAGAAUUCAGACUAUUAUAUUGAUGUCAAGUCAUGCAAUAACCGGAGUCACCAACUGUCUUCAACCUCCGAUAUUUACGAGAGUGUUGGCUCUGCCUCAUGCGCAAAUAUUCGGCCGGGUAAAUACAUACAACAGGCCACCAAAAGAAGAUACUGCUGUAUAUAUAAAGUACUGUUUGCCUUUCUUUGUGCGUUCCUUUUAUUAACAACACUUACCGCGUUAGGAUGGCAGUUAUUCGGAUCAGACGAUUCAGCCACUACGCAAAUUGAGUCAUCAUGCACACCAUGUAACAUGUCGGAAGUGAAAGGCGAAAAUAACAAGACGUGCUGUGGUAGAAACUUCACUGAAAGUUUAAUAGAAUCUGAUGGAGCAGGGGCUAGCAAAAAGACGGGUCGUCAAACAAGAACAGCAUCUUCAAACACACCCAAUUUCUAUCUCCAUGGCAGCGGAAGUUCACGUGCCACAGAUGUUUAUGGAAACUUCAUUUGGAAAAGGCCCGAACAUAGAACCUUUAGCAGGGAAGAUGACUGUUUCAGUGCAACCAUCAAUCCAAAGAAUUCUCUUACGAAAGUUACAAUUCUGAGAGGUGGUGUGUACUAUGUGUUUGCGAAAGUAACAGCAAAUGGAAAGAGUCCUCUGAAGAAUUUUGCAAUACCAGCAGUUAGCAUCUAUUUAAAGAAGAAUGAUGAUGUACUGGACAUUGCCUGGACAACACAGGACAACAGGGGAGGCAUUUACAACGCUCUUCGAGGCUAUUAUAAUUCUGACGAAAUAAAAUAUCCCAUGGAUUCUUUGUCGGUAUCUGGACUUCACAGAUUAGAAGCAAAUGACGAAAUUUAUGUGCAAAGACCACCCGAUUCAGUGAGUAGUAGAGUCGAACGAUUUCUCGUUGAAAACAAUAAGGCAGGUUUUGGAGCAUUUCUUGUUGAAGCAGACAGUUAAGAAACAAAUCAACCGAACUUACGAAACUUAAGUGUCCACGUUGGCUAUUUGUAAAUUGACAAACUGCAGGUUGCCUUUGUAUUUUUUCUUACGGUGAUGAACCUAGAAUUAUUAUCUAAUUUCAGAGCUUUACAAAUAUUUUAUGUGAAUAAUGCAUGCAUGUGUCGAUAUUUUGAGAAAAUAAACACAACUUCUGCAGCGUAUCGGAAGGGUUUAGUUUGGAGGAGUCAUCCUAAAAAGCAAUGAUCAUAUGUUAAUUGAUUGGUUCUCUCUUAGUACAUUAUUUGCAGAAAUGAGUUAAAAGAAAUUUUAAAACAAUUAAACUUGCUAAAUAAUAUUCAGAAUUAAAUGUAUGAUUAUAGAUACUGCGCAAUGUCUUAGACAGCAUUUUAACUGAAAAGUCUUUGACAUUUUUGAGUUUCCUGACAUUGUUCAAUUUAUUAAAAAAUAAUUUAGUGCUAAUAAUAUAAGUAAAAGUUUCCAGAAACCUAGGUUUUUCUUUCGUGCAAGUUGUUGAAAUACUAGGUUUUAUAACUGAAGUAGAAAGGGGAUCUUUUUUAUAUUUUCAAACGCGCUAUGCGCCCGUGAAUAAUGUUUAUUCCGUUUCAAGACAGAAUAUCAUAUGUGUAUUAUAUUAUAUCAAAAUGUCUAAAUCGUUGAUAUUAGAAACAGUAUUAAACUUUUUGAACCGUUAUAAAAGAAGGAUUUGAUAGUAAUACUUUUCAUAGUCUCAUAGGGUGGAUUUGUACAUUUUGGUCCCUGUUAGCAUCUUUAUGUUUAAUAGGUCUUUUUGUGAAAAGUAUAUUUCAACAUGUCAAUUGUCAGUCUCCGUAUUCUAAAAGAACCCGUUUUAUAGCAGGAAUAGUGUGUUCUAAAUAGUUUAAUUAGUAAAGUAUGUAGUCGUAUUUAGAGCUUUAGAUAGUCUCUCCGUCACUUAUCCCAUUUUGUUCGAUUAACUUUUGCAUUCGUCAAUAACCAAUCACACCACUCUCCGCUUUCUCCGCCAUCAUUCAAAACGUAAACAAUGCCAUUUUUGUACCCCAUCAAAUGAAAUCCAUUAUUUUUGAUUGUAUAUUUAUAUAACUACAGGUAAACAUGUGUUAUAAUUACCUUUAUUAUAUACCUAUAUAAAUUCUGUAAAAAAUCGGCUUGUAUUUCACAAUUAAAUAUGAACAGACAGACAAAAAUUCCGUAUUGUACCUUUUAAAUUCCGUAUUGUACCUUCCGUAUUGUAUGCUGCCGGACUAUUUUCAUAAAUAUGCAUGACCCGAAACAUUUCUAUAAAUAGCGCACAUAAAAACUUCACUAAGUUCCAUUUAAUAUCGAUAAACAUUGAAGAUUUCGUUCAAGAACAAAACAAGAAUGAAAAUGGUAAAGGUAUAUAAUAAAAGGGUCAUUAUAACUAGAUCUGGGACUUUGCAUUCGGCUCUCGUGGAUUUUGCAAGGUCGGAUCACACUCGGCGCUUGCGCGCCUCGUGAGAUCCGAUCUGGCAAAAUCCACGAGAGCCGAAUACUGCAUCCCAGAUCAAUCUACUGUUAUAAUAACCCUAUUUUAUAUGUGUUUCAUUGAAUUGUAUUGGUCGAUUGAUGUAAUUGUAUGUAUUUUGUUCAUUAUUGUUUACAUUUGUGUGUACGAAUGCGUAUAUAUAAUUACAGGAUCAUAUCAUACAGGAUCGUAUCUGUUACAUCCUUAUUACCAACCCCAGGGUCCCAAAUACAACCCAAAGCUCUACCGAACCCAUACAAAAGCUAGUACGGCGACAGUUUUUAAAGCAGAAUAAUUAAAGUUUUAAAACAACUAUCUAUGUUUCAGAAAUGUUUUUAACAAAUAAACAAAUAGAACAAAUUGCAAAUGAAAAGGAGAAAUGGAGAAAUAACGUGUGUGAUUUGGUAUAAAUAUGCAAACACUUAAAAGGAAACAAUUAGCAUAUUUUCAUGUGUAUCCGUAUUUGACGAACAAGUCAUGCUCUGCGUAUUUGUAGCUUCUUAAUGUAGUUUUAACAUUUGUAUUGCAAACAGUUAAUACUAGUUAUUGCUUUUAAAGUAAAUUGUUCACUAUUUCCAUUUUUUUUCACUGUGAGAAACAGUUCAGGCUUUUCUAUAUUUUCUGAAGUCUUGUUGUUCUAUCAGAAAAAUAAAAUAAAACCGUUUCAUGGA